AUGUUGCAAACACAUAUACCUUUAGCGUUAGAUUCAGAUACAGAAUCUGAUGACCUGAAUGCUCAAGCAGUAUCUUACAAAAAUGAAAAAGGAAAAUGUGUCAAAGAGGAACUCCUAGCGAAAAGCGUGAAGGAAUGGAAAGAAGAUUUAGAUGCUUUGCUGAAACAUGCAGAAUUGUAUCAAGAAUACAUGAAACAGAUCGAAAUUCCAACACUCCGUGGGUCGAUUAUCCCUUUCAAUACAUGGCAACAACUAGCCAAAUCUUUGAAACAGUUAUAUAAGCAACCCUUGCAUUACCUCACUAAUGUUCAGCUGAAACAAUGGGACAAAGCAAGGAUCAACACUGAGGAAGAACAAAUCCCAAUGGACAACUUUCUGCAUCCUGCUAAAGCUGAAGCAACCAUAUGGCUCAUGGAAGAAAUCCAUAGGGGUCACACAUCUUGUGAUUUUCUUGCUAAACUUUGGCUCAAUGACCCCAUGUAUCUUGCCUUUGUAGAUCCAAAAUAUCCUAAAUUUUAA